AUGGCGGACAACGAUACAAAGCUUGAGGGAUCCUCUGGUGCAAAGACUGCGCAUUGGAGCCAUGAGAUGUACCGAGUCCUAUUCCAGUACCUUAGCAAAACCAAAGGCAAAGAGAGUCCGCUCCAAAAUCCCAACACUAGGCUCCAUGCUUGUGAGGAAAUCCGACGAGAGCUCUUUGAGAAGGUACCUGCACCACGGCGCAAAGACCAUUCAGCAGAGAAGAUCAGAAUGAAAAUCGAAACCCUGCAGCGCAAGGGUUGGCCCACGCGAGGCACUACGAGACGUGGGCAGGCCACCACAAAAUGGGAGCAUUAUUCUCUUCAAGACCUCUUUGUGCACGGUACCAAAGCUGUCAACAUCAAAUCUUACAACGAGAGUGUCUUGACACCCGAAGAGCGAGGGAGAUGGGAUGCUGGAUUCGACCCCUUCGACCUUCCGCUUGAGGAUCACUCAGAAGAAGCUGACAGCGGCGAGGAUGAACCCUCGCAUGAAGAGCAAGUCAUCUCAAAGACGACCAACAAGGGCGUUCCGCUAGUCCUCCGCCAUUCUACAAAGAGACCGUCAUCAUUGCCGCGCGAGAGAUCUGGCUUGACUGAGGAUACUAUCGAGAUUUCCAGUGACUCUUCGGGGCUUGUGCCAGGAGAUCAAGACGAUGCUGCCCCAGAUGUGUCGGGUCCCACGACUGGCAGAAAGCGGACAAAUGAGAACGAUCAAGAGACAGUCUCCAACAAACGCCGCAAGAAGAUCUCGGAUCCGACGGUCUUGUCAUCAAUGCUGACGGGUGAAGUCUCGCAAGAGCAAGUUGACGAAGAGGCCCAACUAUCAGCAGCAGCGAUUGAUGAUGAAGAAGUCGACUUGCAGCCUGUGAAGCAAGCGACACCGUUCGCGACACACGUUGCUCAGACAAAACAACCACUGCAAAGCACUAGAGGUGACGCAGAGAACAAGAUCGCUAGAAGGCUUGAGGCUUUAGCCGACUUCAGCCGACUGAAGAGCAGUCCCAAUAUCCUGGGCUUCAGCGAGGAGAUGGAGAACAUUCGAGUUGCCAUCGUUCGAACUGUACAAGAUCGUCUGAGUGCUUCCAAGGUGGUCGCAGAUCUCCCAGUCACAGCCAUGGAGCUAGAGAAUAUGCCAGGAAUUCACGGCUUGGUGAACUCUUUGCUAAGCAGUGGGGAUGCUAUGACAGGAUUCGCGCAGCUGACCAACGUGGCAGCCCAGAACUCGCCACGUCUUGAAGAGUUGGCUUGUGCGGUUGUUGGAGCUGCCGUGACGCAGUGGGCGCUCAAGCCGACUUCGUUGUCGGCGGAAUUCAAGCUGACACAAGAAUACUGGGUGAGGCAUCUUGGAAAACUACACUAUGGAGGCGCUGCACAUAUUGCUGACCAAGUGGUCAAGAACUAUGUGGAGACUGAGGUGAAACCACAGGUCCAAGACAAGGCCGAAGUCAUGCGAGAGCGUCUUGACCAGCAGCUGCUGCCGCUGCUUUGUGGGCGGCAACAUGUCGAAAGAUGUAGUCGGCUUGAUACCAUUCAUGCUGCUGCUCCCGUUACUCAAGCGGUCGCUUCCAUGGACACUUCGGGUACCACGCCAGAUCUCCUGAAGCCCACCUGGAAGGAAGAAUGGGACAUCGAGAUCAGAGACAUAUUCGCAUCGGCCUUGAGGCUGCGAGCGGCCAUGGACAGCGCUGGCGGAGACUACACAUUCAGCUUCCCACUACCUCUCAGCAAGUUUACGGUUUCGACGCGAGGAGGAGAGCAAGCUGCGGAGCGCGUUGUCCUGAUGUCCAUGUUUCCCCAACUGACAGGCCGCUUUCAGGCAGCUUAUGGUGGCGCCUUCGGGAACCAUCAGCUCAUAUUCCCUGGUUCAGCUUACAUCUUCGAUCCCAAAAUCUAA